UUCUUGUUUUGAGAAAGAAAAAAAUAUAUAGAAAAGAGGGUCCCUUGCUAGCUCGCUAAUUCAAAAAUCAAGUUGGAAGAUUUGGUGAGAUUUGGGAUGAAAUCUGGUCAGAUCUUGCUUUCUAGGCUGUGGAUUUUAUAUGGGUAGUAUUUCAGCACAAAUAGAUUCUUCACUUCUCUCCUAGAACACAUCGGAGCCAUUCAAUCAAGUCUAAUUUCUUCCUCUUCCCCUUAUUAUUCCUCUGUUCUUCCUCUAGUCUCUGUUAUUUGGAUCUUUUUAUCACUGAGAUGGUUUUAGCAGCAGAAGCUCAGUUUCAUGUUUUAGCAGUUGAUGAUAGCCUCAUAGACAGAAAAGUGAUAGAGAGGCUCCUGAAGAACUCAUCAUAUGAUGUUACUACAGUGGAUUCUGGGAGCAAAGCUUUAGAGUUUCUGGGUUUACAUGAGGAUAACCAAAGAAACUCAAACCCACCUUCUGUUUCUUCCCAGAAUCAGGAAAUGGAAAUAAAUCUCAUCAUAACAGACUACUCUAUGCCUGGAAUGACAGGCUAUGAUUUGCUCAAAAGAAUCAAGGAUUCUUCAUCCCUGAAAGACAUUCCAGUUAUUAUCAUGUCCUCUGAGGAUGUACCAUCUAGGAUUAACAGAUGCUUAGAAGAAGGAGCAGAGGAAUUCUUUCUUAAACCAGUACAGUUAUCAGAUAUGAAAAAGCUUCGGCCUCAUCUUCUUAAGGGGAAGUUUAGGGAGCUACAACAACAAUCACAACAACAGCCCAAGAACAAGAGAAAGGCCAUGGAAGGUCUUUCAGGUGGCCUUUCACAUGACAGAACUAGGCUAAGAUACAGUGGCUUGAUGGUUGUCUGACCAAUAAAUAGUACUGGAAUUUUCUUUUUACUACAA